AGUUUUUAGAGAGGAGUUUUUUGUUUUUUUGUUUUUUUUUUUUUUCCUUUUUUUUUUUUUAAACUAACGGAUCAUUAUUGUUGUUUUAAAUUUAGCUCUUAGGGCUUAGCUGUUUGGGUUUUUCUUUCGGUGUCGGGCCCCUGUCUCCUCGGCUUCUGCGGUGUAGCAGAGCGAGGCCGCGUCCGCCUUGCCGCCCCAGCGCAGGGCGAUCGCCUCUAUCCACCGGGCCCGGAGCGCGCCCGCCGCGCCGCGUUUCAAGCCAAGCCAGGGGCCCAGGCCGUGGCGGGCGGCGAUCAGGCCCUCGCCUCGUCCCUCGGUGGCGCUAGGGCUCCCCGGCUGGCCCUCCGCUUCAGGGCGGGCGGAGAACCGAAAGCAGCUCGGGCUCGGCUGGGACACCGCCUCUGCCCGAGCACCCACCCACUUCCCCACUCACCCAGGACCCCGCCGGGAUCCUGCCAGGAUGUUCGCAGCCGGCCUGGCUCCCUUCUACGCUUCCAACUUUAGUCUUUGGUCAGCUGCCUACUGCUCCUCGGCGGGCCCGGGCGGCUGCUCCUUCGCCUUGGACCCGGCCGCUGUCAAGAAGCCCUCUUUCUGCAUCGCGGACAUCCUGCACGCCGGCGUCGGGGAGCCGGGGCCCGCUACAGAGGGACUGGUGGGGGCCUCGGCAGCCCUCACCGCACACUUGGGCUCCGUGCACCCGCAUGCCUCCUUCCAAGCUGCCGCCAGAUCCCCGCUCCGUCCCACCCCGGUGGUAGCGCCCUCAGAAGUCCCGGCUGGCUUCCCUCAGCGGCUGUCUCCUCUCUCCGCUGCCUAUCACCAGCAUCUCCCGCAGCAACCACCAACGCAGCAACAGCAGCCGCAGCAACAGCCUCCGCCUCCACCCCGGGCGGGCUCCCUGCAGCCACCGACUUCGGGGACGCGGGUGGUCCCCCACCAUAGCGGCUCCGCCCCUGCCCCCUCCAGCAAAGACCUCAAAUUUGGUAUUGACCGGAUUUUGUCUGCAGAAUUUGACCCAAAAGUCAAGGAAGGCAACACUCUGAGAGAUCUCACAUCGCUGCUAACCGGUGGGCGGCCUGCAGGGGUGCAUCUAGCUGGCCUGCAGCCUUCGGCAGGACAGUUCUUCGCAUCUCUAGAUCCCAUUAGCGAGGCGUCUGCCAUCCUGAGCCCCUUAAGCGCCAACCCAAGAAAUUCUGUUCAGCAUCAAUUCCAAGACACGUUCCCAGGUCCCUAUGCCGUGCUCACUAAGGACACCCUGCCGCAGACGUACAAGCGGAAACGCUCGUGGUCCCGGGCUGUCUUUUCCAACCUGCAAAGAAAAGGCCUGGAGAAGAGAUUUGAGAUCCAGAAGUAUGUGACCAAGCCAGAUCGAAAGCAGCUGGCGGCCAUGCUGGGCCUUACGGAUGCACAGGUGAAGGUGUGGUUUCAGAACCGGAGGAUGAAGUGGCGGCACUCUAAGGAAGCGCAGGCUCAGAAGGACAAGGACAAGGAAGCGGGCGAGAAGCCUUCGGGCGGAGUCCCCGCCGAGGGUGAACGAGAGGAGAGAAGCCCCAGCCGUUCUGAGGGCGAAGCCGAGAGCGAGAGCAGUGACUCGGAGUCCCUGGACAUGGCCCCCAGCGACACGGAACGGACUGAGGGAACGGAGAGGUCCCUGCACCAAACUACGGUCAUCAAGGCCUCAGCCGCGGGCGCCCUCAUCACAGCCAGCAGCAGCGCGAGUGGUAGCAGCUUCAGCUUCAGCGGCAGCAGCAGCCUGAGUAGCAACACCAACGCGGGGAGCGCCAGCAGCCUUGGCAGCAACUGCUCGGAGCUGCUCCCUGCGCACCAGCCGUCAGCCACCAGCAGUCCUCAAAGCCCGGAGACUGCUCAGGCCCCGCUUGCAGGUUUAUAGACAGCACCGAGGGCAUGGCGUGCAGCUUCCCCAACACUGGCUGGAGUUUGUGCCUACUUUAAGUUGGUGGCAAGGGUCGCCGAGAUGGGAGCAGGACGCCGUGAGCAGCCUCUUUGGGGUUCAUACCCUUUCUCUUGCUGCCAUGGCUGCCUGAGGCCCCCCACCCCCCAAAAGAGUGGAGAGUUUUAAGGUCCCCCCUCCCUCCUCCAAAGAAAGAAUUCAACUGUCCUCCCUACCCAAGCAGCUCACACUGUGAAGUGUUCGGCGGAACUGUUCCUCUGAGCACCAGGGGUCUUGGCAUAAGGACGCGCUGCACUUAGGAGGCCUUUAACUUGUAAAUAAAAUGUUUACUACGGUUUGUAAAA